AAACGAUUACGCGGUUGACCCAUGCAAACUGAAUUUUGAUGGUUAUCCCUAAUUGGCCAAUACAAUUCAUUGGGAAGGAACCGAAGGACUUAGGUACUUCUUAGAGAGCAUUAAACAGCCCUGGAGCAGAAAAGCUCAAAAUAAUUUCUGACGCCGUAUUCACCAUUCCCAUUCUACCACCCCUUACCCUCUAAAUCCCCUUCAGCCCUCUUUCUAACUUUCAUCCCGCUACAUUUGCGACCAAAGGGGGGAAAGACUCUUUAAUUAUCCUAUUCUCUUUGAAUGGGGUUUUCAUUGUCCUAUUGUCUUCUUGUAAUGACCACUUCUACUUCGUGACUUUCAUUAAUCAAAUACCCACCUGAUUUUCCUUCUCCGGUGUAAUACGUGUGCAAGCGUAGCGCGGAGCUCAAUCCCGGCGCGAGCGACUCCCAAAGAGGCCACGAACACAUCUUCUUUUUUUUCUUCGUAUUUUCUUUCUACAUUAACAAUUCUCCAUCGUCGAUCGUGCAGAAGCUGUCUUCUGCAUACACCGAACCAAUAUGGCGAGGUCCAGUUCGGCGAAACCGCCUCCUACGAAAGGCGGAUCCUUUACACCUCCGAAGUCUAAGAAAGAGGCGAAAAAGCGUCACGAUGACUAUACCUCAGAAGGUGUAGAAGAUAAUGAUAUCUUCUUACUACCUAUUUCUGACUAUCAGGUUAUGCUAGCUUUGACUAUUGUUGGAGCUCUUGUGCGACUGUUCCGCAUCUACCAGCCCUCCAGUGUCGUUUUCGAUGAAGUACACUUCGGCGGUUUUGCGACGAAAUACAUCAAGGGCAAAUUCUUUAUGGAUGUCCAUCCCCCCUUGGCCAAACUUCUAAUUACUCUAUUCGGAUGGCUUGCUGGUUUCAAUGGCAACUUUGACUUCAAGGAAAUUGGCAAGGAUUACCUCGAGCCCGGUGUUCCAUACGUAGCUAUGCGGUUGUUCCCAGCUAUCUGUGGUAUUUUCUUGGUCCCAACUAUAUUUUUGACGCUGAAGGCUGCUGGCUGUCGUACAGCCACUGCCGCUCUUGGUGCCGCUUUCAUCAUCUUUGAAAAUGGUCUCCUUACCCAAGCACGCUUAAUUCUACUCGACUCUCCUCUUGUUGCUGCGACUGCGUUCACCGCCCUCGCUUUUACCUCUUUCACCAACCAGCAUGAACAAGGUCCCACCAAGGCAUUCGACGCCAGCUGGUGGUUCUGGCUCGUCAUGACUGGCUUGGGAAUGGGAAUCACUGUUAGCAUCAAAUGGGUUGGCCUUUUCACGAUCGCCUGGGUUGGAUCUUUGACUCUUGUACAGCUCUGGGUUUUGCUUGGUGAUACGAAGACUGUUACUAUGCGCAUCUUCGCAAAGCAUUUCAUGGCCCGCGCUUUCUGCUUGAUCAUCGUCCCCAUUACCUUCUACAUGGCCAUGUUCGCCAUUCAUUUCCUCUGCUUGGUAAACCCGGGCGACGGAGAUGGAUUCAUGAGCUCUGAAUUCCAGGCUACGUUGAACAACAAGGGUAUGCAAGAUGUGCCGGUCGAUGUUGCCUUUGGUAGCCGUGUCGCUAUCCGACAUGUCAACACUCAAGGAGGAUACCUACAUUCUCACCCCCUCAUGUACCCAACGGGCAGUCAGCAGCAGCAGAUCACGCUCUAUCCUCACAAGGAUGAGAACAACAUUUUCUUGUUUGAAAAUCAGACCCAGCCGUUGGAUGCUAACGGUGAAGCUAUCAACGGAACUUUCGCUUGGGAUGAUGUAAAGAACAUUACCGAAAACUACAUUAAGGAUGGCGACGUGAUCCGACUAUACCAUCUAUCUACUAACCGUCGCCUUCACUCUCACGAUGUUCGGCCACCUGUUUCUGAGGCCGAUUGGCAAAACGAAGUGUCUGCCUAUGGAUAUGAUGGAUUUCCUGGUGACGCGAAUGAUCUCUUCCGUGUCGAGAUCGCCAAGAAGCAGUCUCUUACGGCAGUCUCCAAAGAGCGACUCCGUACCAUCCAAACCAAGUUCAGGCUCGUUCAUAUCAUGACCGGCUGUGUGCUCUUCUCUCACAAGGUUAAGUUACCAGAGUGGGCGUCUGAGCAGCAGGAAGUCACUUGCGCUAAGGGUGGUACUCUUCCCAACAGUUUGUGGUACAUUGAAUCCAACUCGCAUCCUCAGCUUGCCGAUAGCGCCGAAAAGGUGAACUAUGUUAAUCCUGGCUUCUUUGGCAAAUUCUGGGAACUGCAGAAGGUUAUGUGGAGAACUAACGCGGGUCUGGUUGAGUCUCACGCCUGGGACUCUCGUCCCGAGUCUUGGCCUAUCCUUCGUCGUGGUAUCAAUUUCUGGGGUAAGGAGCAUCGCCAAAUUUACCUGAUGGGCAACCCUAUUAUUUGGUAUACAUCGACCCUUGCAGUUGUCAUCUAUGCGCUCUUCAAAGGUAUCGCGGUUCUUCGAUGGCAACGUAGCUGCAAUGACUAUUCCAACGCCACCUUCAAGCGAUUCGAUUAUGAAAUCGGAACCCUUGUCCUCGGAUGGGCUUUCCACUACUUCCCCUUCUUCUUGAUGCAGCGUCAGCUCUUCUUACAUCACUAUUUCCCUGCAUUGAUCUUCGCCAUCAUGGCCUUUUGUCAGACUUACGACUUCGCGACGGCUCGAAUUGCAAUCCCAGGUGUUAGAGAAAACCCCAUCGUCAACAAGGCCGGUGUGAUUGCGCUCUUGGCUAUUUCUGCGGUUGUCUUUGCCCUCUACUCACCUCUCGCGUAUGGAAACGCCUGGACCAAGGGUGAAUGCAACCGCGUAAAGUUGUUCGGUACCUGGGAUUGGGAUUGCAAUACUUUCUUAGAGAACUACGACGCCUACUCUGGACUCGGCGCAAUUCCGAGCAAGAUUUCUCAAACUCCCCCAGCUGUUGUCGAGAACAAUAAGCCACCGGUCCAACAACCCGUAGCCGGAAAUAACCAAGACUCUCCAGAGGCGGGUAUUUCGGGGGCGCCGAAGUUCGAACCCCAGGGCCAAAAGGUGAUAGGACGGGAAGAGCGAGUUGAAUACCGAGAUCAGAACGGCAACCUUCUCAACGAAGAACAAGUAAAGGCGCUUGAAGGCAAAGUCGAAUUCAAGACCAAGUACGAGACCAGGACGCGCGUAGUAGAUGCUAACGGCAACGAAGUAGAAGCGCCGGUAGAAGAGCUAGUUGCCGCGGGCGUAGCACCGCCGCAUCCCGAUGUUGAGGGUGCUAAUCAAGAGACUAAGAAAUUGGUUCAGGAUGACCCUAUCCCUAAGGAAGUGUCAUCAAGUAAAGACGGCGAGAAGGAAGCAGAGAGGUCAGUUCCUAAACCAGCUAGCGAGGGCAACGAGGCGACAGUUUAAACGCCCCGGUCCAUCGUUCAAGUUUCUAAUUUGACUUGAUUCCUCAUCGCGUCACCAAAUCCUGACGAAGAAAAAUCUCCACUGGUGUUUGUUUCUGAAUGCUAAAAGCAUCUGGGGGGGCCAGACGGCGUGUCUAGACUCAUGUAUACCACCAUUACUAAUGAAGAUCACGGAGGGGAAAAAAACUAGGGAAAUGUGGAAUGCAAAGAAGGAAAAAGUAUAAGAGGAUAUUGGCGUGAUGGCCUCGCGAGGACAAAACUAUGUCAGUUACACUGCUGAUCGCAACCUAUUUCCUUUAAUUUGAAGAUUUCCAUCAUUCAUAUAUGCCUUCAAUGAAUUGACAUGCCUUC